AUGGCGCGCGCAGAGCAUAGGCCACGAGAGCCUAUCUUCGCCGGCAAGCUGAACGGGACCUCGCCCAACAACGACGCCGCCUACGAGACGGCCCUCAAUGUGCUGCUGUCCCUGGGCAGCGAGGGCACGACGACGACCGGCCUGGUCCAGCCCCCCGACCAGGGCUCCGCGUCUUUUGGGAUCGGCGCGGACGGCAUCGGCGUGAGUCCGAGAGAUUUGAUGUCUGUCUCGCCGGGUUCAGUUAGGGAACGGAGGGGGUCGAAUGUGGUGGUCCCCGCUGCGAAGACCAUCUCGCAAGACCGACUGCUUCAGUUAUUGCGCCACUUUAGGUACCAGGUCGCGCCUUGGCUUGACCUCUGCGACAUGAGCCAGACCUUCGGACUCUACGUCCCCCGCCUAGCCAUCGAGUCCGAGGGCGUCCUCCACGCCCUCCUUGCCGUCGCCGCAACGACAGACUCACGCGCGAUGGCGAACGACGCCGAGUACCUGAAGACGCUUGCCGAGGCAGCGCCGUGGAAUCAGAACAGUUUGAAUAAUAUUAAUGACGGCGACCUGGCACAUUUGACAUUGUCGACAGCCUGCCGGUUCAUCACCGAUAUCCCCAACGCGUGGCACGAGUUACCCAUCGUUAUCAACGACAACUUUUGGGCCGUGGCCUUGGCGGAAGCAAGCCAGAAGACAAUCGCUAUUCUUUCUGUCUUGAUCAGACUAGAGCUCGCAGCCGCCCUCGUGACAGGCUCCCCCAUCUCCGUCCCCGAACAGCUAAACUACAACCCCAUGUCGCAGCAGUGGAACAACUCCUCCGCCGUCGCAGAGACCAUCUUCCAGUACACCAUCGAACCCCUCCUCCUCUGCGCCAAGGUCGUCAACUUCUGCAGCGGCGGCUUCCCGCCGCAGACCACCACCCCCAAUGCCAACGGCGCUACCCCUCUAACCCCGGUCCACCGCUGGACGAUGCUCAGCGACGCGCUGGGCCUCUGGUAUACCAACCGCGCGCAGGAGUUCCGGCCGAUGGUCGAGAUCGACGGCGGCGACGAGACCCUCUUCCCCAUCAUCCUCUUCACCAACGGCGCCGCCGUCUUCGCGAACCAGCUGUACCACACCGCGAUGCUGCUGCUCCUGCAGAACAAGCCGCGCACGCUGCAGGCGGCCGCGGGGACGAAGAAGUCGGGCGGCAGCUCGUCGUCGGCGACGUCCCCGCUGUGGCACGCGCAGAGGGUGUGCGGCAUCGCGCUGAACAACGACCGCCGCGACAGCUGGGACCUGUGUCUUGUGGCGUCGCUGUACCUCGCGGCGCAGCGGAUGACGUACGAGCCGCAGCAGCGGGCAAUUCUGGAGUGUUUCGAGCGCGUGAAGGCGCUGGCUGGGUGGAAUGUGGACGGGUUUGCGGCCAGGGUGAGGGAGGAUUGGGGGUUGGUGUAA